AUAACUUUGUGGAUAUCUUUGUGGAUAACUUUGUGGAUAACUUUGUGGAUAUUUCUUCCCGUGGUCAGGGUGAAGUUUCACUGAGCUACAAGUGCUAGCAGAAUGUGGUCUGAGUUGUAUCCGAACCUGGCACCCGUACAGUGCCACUGCCCCAUGUAUUCAUCACGCGGAUUAAUUCCACCGAUAUAAUCCAGCGAGUCGGAUUAAUUCCACCGAUAUAAUCCAGCGAGUCGGAUUAAGACAAGGAUUUUACCUACUAAAGCAUCAAUGAUGGCUCCGUGGUCUAGAGACAGCCCCCAGUAUGGCGCCUUCAUCAAGGCCACACGCACCAACGGGGCGGCGAUUGAGCAAAACACAGGCCAAGGUCAAGAAGAGGUGUACUCACCCGUCAAUGUCGAGGUCAUCUCAAACUGCUGCUAUGCUGACCCCGUGUCCAACAGAGGGCGCGUUCUGCAGAUGUUCCGUGCCAUAGCUCUCAUGCUAAUUCCUCUAAUGGCACUGGUCAGUCUCGCCUGCUACUGGAUGGUCACAAACGUCAUCGUCAAGAGUGACCUUGAGAACGACAAGGUCAUGGUCAACAGGGGUCAGACUGUAGGUAGCGUGGCCUACGCCUUACAGCUGGAGAGGGCGACGGUUGUGUACGCUCUGGAGGAAAAAGAUCUAAGUCUGGUCGGUGAGCAGUACAAGGCCACAGACGCAGCCAUUAGAGAGUCGGCCAGUUUCCCCACCAAGUGUUUCAACGACUCGGAGCAUUUCAUCCGUCAACUGUGGGAGCACCGAAGGCAGAUCAGCAUGAACGCGUCAUCACGUACCACACACGACGAAGUGGGCUACUACAGCCGUUUCACCAACUGUUUCCUGGAGGUGCUGAUGGGUCUGGCCAAGGACAUGAACCAUGGGAGCGUCUGGCAGGAUUACGUCAGCUACAAGAUGCUGCUCAAGGCCCAGGAGAGCGUGGGCGUGCUGCUGUCAAUCGGCAUCACGUUCUUCGAGGACGGUUACCUGCCCCUGUUCGACUACAACCUGCUGCGUACAGAGGACGUUGCGGCGCGUGAGUACAUCGAGAUCGCCCUCCUCUUCUCCCCCUUCGCCGCCGCACGAUACGAGGAACACAACAGGACCAAACCUCAAGCGUUCAAGGUCACCAAGGAGUACCGGCAGUUCUGGCAGCAAAACAACUUCAGUCGACCGAGCGCCGAAGAGGGCCGGAUGUUCCACAAGAGUGCCAUGGAUUACUUUAAAAUUCUCUCCGAGAUCAGUGGGGUCUUGAGCAAGAAGAUCAUCGAUCAGGUAGACAAGGAAAUCGCCACGUCAAUCAACAUGAUGGUGGUGGCAUGUAUGGUGUUCAUCUGUGUCCUCAUCAUGACACCAAUACUGGUCAAACUCAUGCACACCUUGACCAUGUCUAUUCAGAACUACGCCAUCGAGGCCUCCCACAAGUCCCAGCAGCUGAUCAUAGAGAAACAGCGCUCAGACAGUCUGCUGUACCAGAUGUUGCCCAAGUCCGUGGCCCAGCAGCUCAAGAUGCACACCUCAGUCAACGCCGAGUAUUAUGAGCAGGUGACCUUGUUCUUCAGUGACAUCGUCAGCUUCACUGAGAUCUCUGCUGCCAGCACCCCCCUACAGGUGGUGAUCCUACUGAACAAGCUGUACCAAAUCUUUGACGACAUACUUGACCACUAUGACGUGUACAAGGUGGAAACCAUUGGGGAUGCUUACAUGGUGGUCAGCGGGCUACCUAACAGGAACGGCAGCGCCCACUGUGCCGAGAUCUCCCUAAUGGCACUAGAACUUCUCAAGACGACCAGAGAUUUUCCCAUACCCCACAUGCCGGGCAGGACGGUGGAGCUGAGGAUUGGAUGUCACUCAGGGUCAGCUGUAGCGGGUGUGGUCGGCAACAAAAUGCCGAGAUACUGUUUGUUUGGUGACACCGUCAACACUGCCAGUAGGAUGGAGUCACACGGUCUACGUAAGUCAGAGUCACACGGUCUACGUAAGUCAGAGUCACACGGACAACGUAAGUCAGAGUCACACGGUCUACGUAAGUCAGAGUCACACGGACUACGUAAGUCAGAGUCACACGGACUACCCAACAGAAUCCACAUCAGUCAGGCCAUGAACACUCUGCUGGAUCAAAUCCAAGGCUUCAUCACAGAGAGGAGAGGGAUAGUGGACAUUAAGGGUAAAGGCGAAAUGCUGACCUUUUGGCUGACCGGCACUAGCAGGCCACUGAGAUCUUUGGCCAGCAACGGCAUGGCCAUGCCGGACGUGACAGCAAGCCUGGCCAUUCAACAUACGGCCAGAGUCUGGGCCAACGGUUCAUCAGUAGGCCACAGGGGGGACAGUGACUCGGCUGUCUGACCCACGGGGCCAUCAACUGUCUGACC